GAAAACUCUCCUUUUCAUUGCAAUAUGUAUAGCUGUGGGUGUUGCGCAAGUACCCAAACAAGCCAUAGAUGUUCUUCAUCAACUGGGCCUUGUGAAAGAUGUUCAACAGUCCUCAGAGACGUCAGUGUCCUCAACAUCAUCUCAGUUACCUCAGGGUGUUCGUCUGGCUGUAUCGGGAGUUGUACUAACUAGUGAUGCCCAUAUUGAGUCCCCCAUCGUUCAAGUUAUACCAUCAAAUCUAGGGCAUCAGUUCACCAUAUUGGUUGGGUUGUACUCUUACAGAGUAAAUAAUGCUUUCCUUUUCAGUAUUAGGAACAAAAGUAGACUGCAGUUUGGGGUCCAGUUGCUACCGAGAAAGGUAGUGGUGUACACUGGAGGGAAGCAGUCCGUAUGCUUUGAUUAUAGUGUUCAUAAUGAACAGUGGCAUUCAUUUGCCAUUGACAUUAGAGACAAGACUGUCUCAAUGUUUGCUGAGUGUGGAAAGAAGUACUAUAGCAGGGAAAUACUUUCUGAAGCGGAGACAUUUGAUUUGGAUGGUUUAUUUACCCUGGGAAGGAUGAACGCUAACUCUGUCAGCUUUGAAGGAGUUAUAUGUCAACUAGAUAUUAUUCCCUCUGCAGAAGCCUCUGCAAACUAUUGUAAAUAUGUGAAACAGCAGUGUCGCCAGGCUGAAACGUACCGAUCUCAGGUGGGAGCUCCGCGUGUGUCAGAUGGGCUGGAUAUUUUUUCGAAGAUGAUGAUUGAUGAGAAAAAACAGUCAGAAGGUAUAUCUGCUUAUAGAAGGAAAGAAGCAUCAAACAUUCCUGUGACCAAUAUUGCUCAGAUUCACUUUCUACCAGAAUACUUUGAGUCAGUAAACGUUUCUGCAUCGGAGAUUGCAGAAGCCAAACCUCUGUUACUGGAAGCUUGGCCUGAAACAGAACUCCAGGAGAACAUCGAUCUGCCUCUUCAUCAGCAGGAGCUGAGCAAAAAAAGAAACAACACUAAAACACCCACAGGAUCAUAUCUGAAUACUUUAGAUAAUACUACCGAAGAUGCAGGCAGACAAAGUGAGCCUUCUCCGAUCUCCCCUGUAAAACAGAGUAAAACUAAAAGCAAGGGAGUGGACAAAGCAAAACAAUAUUUAGAUGAACCAAGCAAAAAGCCGCAAAUCUUCAACACAACCCUGUACAGUCUGUCUGCUGACCUUUCUCUGGAUAAUCAGCUUGGUCCAGGGCAGGAAGGUGCACUUGAUGCUGAUGAGACUUCUCACACAGAAAACAGUUAUGACAUUGGUAUUGAUAAUUAUGCUUAUGACUAUGAAGAUCUUGACAAAAUGUUUGAAAUGGGAAGUGUCAGAGGUCCAAAGGGGGAAACUGGACCUCCUGGUCCUCCAGGUCUUCCAGGUUUACCUGGUCCGUCAGGAAAGAGAGGUCCUCGGGGUAUUCCAGGACCACAUGGUAAUCCAGGUUUGCCAGGACUGCCAGGUCCAAAG